AUGGCUGUACUACUUCUUGCCAUGAAGAAGACUUGGGCAUGUUAAUGUUUCGGCUGAGGUGAAUUGUGGUUUACAAGUAAAACGCUGGUGUACACACUGUGCAAAUGCAUACAGAACACACGUAGUAUCAUUUCAAGUAGUGGCGAUUCUGGCUUGUGUCUCGGGGUAAAUUUAUCAAGAUGGCUGCACUACCACCUAGAUCAUGUGCGUGCUAUGCGGUAAAAGUGCUCAUAAUUCUCGCCGUAACACCAUACGCAGCUUUGGAAGAUGGCUACCUGCUGGAAGACACUCUACAUUCGCCUACUCUGUCGUCUUCUGACGGGGAUCUCCACCAGUCCGUUCCUCUCCCCGUAUUUCUCGAAGAGCCGACAGACUCGUACGUUAUCAAAAACAAGCCGGCCUCGCUGCAAUGUCGAGCCGCGCAUGCGCUGCAGGUCUACUUCCGGUGCAAUGGCGCCCGGAAACAACAUUCGUCUUUAGCGAAUUCGUCACCUAUGCAGCAAGACUUUGUGGAUCCUCAGACUGGAGUUCGUAACGUGGAGGCUUCUAUCAACAUCACGCGCAAUGAAGUGGAGGAGUACUUUGGGAAAGAUAAAUUUAAGUGUGAGUGCAUCGCGUGGUCCAGCAGAGGGCAGAUUCGCAGCCAGCCCGCAGCCGUGGACGUUGCAUACCUCAAGAAGCAGUUCGACUCGCCGCCAUAUUCGCAGACGGUGGAGCUGGACCGCCAGACGGAGAUGCGAUGUCACCCGCCCCCGGGUGUCCCACCUCCUCGCGUGUACUGGCUGAGGAACGGUGUCCCACUAGAGCCUGACACGAACCUCAUCGUGUCCAGCGAGGGACACCUGCUUGUGGGACAGGCGCGCCUGCAGGAUACUGCCAACUACACGUGUGUUGCGGAGAACGUAGCAGCCAGGCGCGUAAGCGAGCCAGCGCUGCUUACUGUAUACGUAAACGGGGGUUGGUCACCGUGGUCACAGUGGUCGGACUGUAAUACCAGAUGUGGAAGAGGGGUUCAAAAGAGGAGUCGCCUGUGUUCGAACCCCGCACCUUUGAAUGGAGGUCUUGCCUGCCAGGGAUCUUCAGUCCAGAAGACAGACUGUACUACUGUUUGUCCAGCAGUGGACGGGCGAUGGUCGUCGUGGACGCAGUGGUCUGCCUGUGGACCGGACUGCAAACAUCAUCGACGUCGAAGUUGUGCCAGUCCUUCGCCAAGUAACGGUGGGAAAUACUGUCUGGGCAGAGACCUCGCCUCUGCGAACUGUACCGGCGGAAUGUGCCUUGUUGGAAAAGAAGACAUAGUGAACUAUGAUGGAACGCAGUUAGCUGAAGAAGCGACGCGCGCAGAAGUGGAGACCGAUGUUGCCCUCUACAUUGGUCUAGCGGUAGCUUGUGCGGUCUUCGCUGUCGUGGCCUUCUUUAUUUUCCGUCUUCUGAGAAGGAAGGGACGGGAUCACAGCAUGUACAACAUGGCGGCUUCCGAAUAUCAACCCGAGUACUUUCCAGAACAGGACAAGAAGAAUCUGUCCUUGCAGCAUCCCUCACAGCAGCCGGACUUAACACAGACAGUGGUGGGGGUGUCAGUGGCCCCCUGUUACGAGUAUCCGUACUCGGACCCCCCGAACAGCAAGAAUGGACUAUCACGCUCCUGCAGUGAGCACCACUACGAUGUCCCACACUUGAACAGUCCCCCUGGGGACCCUCCUACAUCGCCCUCGACGUAUAGCCAUUCAAUGGACAGUAGCAGUUGCCCUGUCACUGCCACUCCACCUGUAGAGACAUCUAGCGAGAAACCCCUUAAUUCGGACUCCAGCCAUAGCAUCAGCAGCUUCUGCUCGUCAUCAGCCUCCAGACCCGAUUCAACUUACGACAUCGCGGCCCAGUCCACUACGCCAACAUCUCCUCCAUCAUCUGCCAUUGUCGGUGUAGAUCCAGAAUGCAUUGCGUCUGCAACAGUAACGUCAGCUGGAGCGAGGCUCAGCAUACUGGAGUCUGGCAUCUCACUCAGUGUGCCUGAAGGUGCUCUGGUAAGAGGUCAGAGAGAGGACGCGUUUGUCGCUGUUCUCCGGGAAGACAGACAUAGACCAAAACUUUCAGAUCGUCAGACACAACUAAGUCCUGUGGUGAUUUGUGGGCCAGCGAAUAUAACAUUCAAGAAACCAGUGAUUGUGAAUUUCCAUCACUGUGCAAGUCUUAAGCAUGGACAUUGGAGUGUUUCUGUUUGGUGCAGUUACUCGCAGCCAGAAGAAUCUCCGGUGUGGCAGAAAGUCGUGACACUGGGUGAGGAGACAAUCAACACGCCAGUAUUUACGCAGUUGGACCAUGGUCAAGUGUAUCUGGUGACUGAUCAGCUCACUCGGUUUGUACUAGUUGGGGAAUCGGCAGGAAGUUGCAACAAGGCUGUGAAGACACUGAGACUAGCAGUAUUUGCACCAUCACCGAUACUCCACCCACAAUCACUUGAUUAUAAUGUUCGCGUCUACACAUUAGAGGACAAUAUGGCGGCCCUUGAGGGAGUGCUGCAAAUGGAGAAAAAGUUGGGAGGUUGUCUAAUGGAUAAACCAAAGACCAUGUUAUUCCAAGAUGGUGGUGCUAGUUUAUGCCUCAGUAUGGAAGAUAUUGGUCCAGGAUGGAAAAGCAAGCCCCAGGCUGACUAUCAGGAAAUCCCAUUCCAUCACAUCUGGAGCUCGUCACACAAUCAUCUGCACUGCUCCUUCACAUUGGAGCGCACUGACAGACUUGUUCAUACAGUGGCCUUCAGAAUACUGGCGUGCCAGAAGGGAAGCCACACACACCGCCAGAUGUUCAGAAUUAACACUGAUCUACAGAACUCUUCUCCUAACAUAACUGUGGUUCCAAGUAGCCCGGCUCUGUCACGCCCGCCACGGGCACUCACAGUGACGACUAGCAGUGGCUGCAGUUCAAUGGUUACCACGUUGGAUCAAACUACAUCCUCACCUUUCAGAUUCCAACAUUCACUUCGGAAACAGCUAUGCAUGUGCUUGGAUCCUCCUAAUGCCCGGGGUAAUGACUGGAGAAUGCUUGCGCAGAGCCUCAAUGUUGACAGGUACAUCAACUACUUCGCAACAAAGGGCAGCCCAACGGAACACAUUUUAGAUCUGUGGGAGGCAAGGCACAGAGAUGCCACAGCUGUUACAGACCUCCUCAACAUCUUGAGGGUGAUGGGGCGUUCUGAUGCUGCAUUGCUACUAGAGAAGGAGAUGGGCCCCUGGAUAUAACAAGACCCCAUGCAAAUCAGUGGACCAAUUCUUAAUCCUUGUGUACAUAUGCAUUUAGAGACAAAGCAGGUUUUAGAUAGACUGUUUCAAAAAUGUUGAACUGUGGACUUAUGUGACUUUAAGAAAUAGCAUAGUAUAAUACUACCAUGUACUAGUUUGUUGGAGAUGACGAUGAUAUAUGGCGAUACUAGGCAAAAGUUGUGAUGCUACAUGAACCCCAGAAAUGUGACUAGUUUUUUUCUUUGCCUGUGAUUGUAGGAGUGUUACAGGUUACUGAACUAAGGGUUAUGAGUCUGCGUGCGUUAGGUUCAGACUUUAAUGUUUUGUAGGAUAAUAUAAGGACUAAGUGACAACACGUUCAGUGCUCAUUAUGAAAAUUCAGAUGUGGUGCUAACUCUGUCUUACUGUACAAAACAAAGAAUUUGCCUUACUUAGACGGUACUGGCAAAUAUACUGUACUAAAAAUUGUUGUAAUUUGUCUGCGAAACUGCAGUUUCCAUUACAGGUAUGCUUAAUAUUCAAGAAGGAUACGUUCCUGAGAUAUCGUGAAUCAGGACGUGGACUCUGAUAAAUAUAUAUUUGUACUUUUUAAUGAAUGAUGUAUUCUGUCUUUUCACAGCUUCCACUUAAAAAGUUAACAUCUUUUGUUUUUCUUUUGGGAGUUAUGCAUGCAGGGAAAAUAUAAAAAUGAAGAUUCCAAAAUUCACUGCUACAGCCCACAAGAUAUGAACUCAGGCAGGUUAUGAUACAUUGUGUGUGUGUGUGUGGGUUGCAUGUGGAGUAACUGUGCAAAGCAUAUGAAGAUGCAACACAGGAAUAUUUUCAAAGAAAGUGAGUGGUAACGUACUUUUGGGAGCUCAGCCACGCAUAUGCCAUUCUGGGUACUCAUACUGGUUUUAUGGUUGUUAUAAUUGAAAUUUAUUACCUGGAAUCUCUAGUUUAAAAUAAUGGCUUUAAGAUGGUGAAACUUUGAGUUUCUAUACACCCAUUUGAAAAUUUUACAUUUAUGUUUGUAAAGUGAUGUGGUUGUAUAACAGUAGAAAUCAUUUACAGUUAUGGAGGCCAAAUGAGACUGCAUUGCUGCUUUGUUCAGAGAGAGACGCUGGAACUUAUAUGCUACAAGCCAUAUUUAUUCUCAUGUCUUAUAUACAGAUUUUACCAGGCAUUUAUUCCAUUGACUGUAUUUAGAAAGGCUGUAAUUUUACUAUGUGAACAGUGAAUUUUUCUAUUAUUUAUGUCACUACUAAUUCUCAACAGUCAGUCUAAAUUUUCAUUUUAUUUAUUUAUUUACGGGUUGAUUCAAUGACACUGUUUCUGACUGUUAUUUCAAAUGAUAAGAUGAUUAAUAAACUUUGAAUUGGAAAGAAUAUAUAAGGAAAUGUCCAUGCCAUAAUUUAAGGUACUGUUUCAAAAUCUGCCUGGAUUUAUUUGGGGAGAGUGUGGAAGGAAGCUGUUGUGGACUAAUUUUAAGGUAUAAGGUAUUUGUCUUAAAGGACUGGAGAAGAACCGUAAAAGGGCUGAGUCAGGAUAGCUGGUUUUCAAGCCAUGAAUUGAUCCUCAUACUUCCCAAAUAUGAAGCAGACUGCUAUCAGAAGCAACAAAUCUAGAACUUGAAUACAAUGAAAAUAAAAUUUACCCAUUUACAGCAGAUGCUCAGAAUACUGUCUGUUGUUCAACACACAUUCCUGGAGCCUCGUGUUUUUGAGAAAUACUUCAUUUUGGAUAUUUCCUUCGAACCACUGCUAUGUAUGGUACGUGGUAGGUUUGUCGAUGUGAAGUCUUCCCAGUAAUUCUGUCAUGUAAAUUUUCUUGCAACAUAUAUUUUUUAACUUAUACUUUUAUGGAAUGUCAGUUGGAAAAUUUCAGAAUUCCUGUUUGACUAAAUAUGCCCAAUAUUGUUGACCCAGCUGUGACAGCUGUUAUCAACCAAAGUUACCAAUAUUU